AUGGUCCGGCUUUCUGAUAAUCGGCUUAAAAAAACACACGAGAAGGCGGCAGUGGCAACGACGACGGCGGCGGCAGGGGCAGCAUCUUCACUGGCCCCCAAGAAUUCUAACGAUGGUUCUGCAAAGAGCGUAUCUGCCAGCGUGAGGACGCAUCCCACAAGUAAUCCGCCACCAGAUAUACCUCCACCGACAUCUGGCGCUUCGUUGGCGUUCACGGCACUCCAAUUCCUGCCUACUCCGUUGUUGGUACUCGGGCGCAAUAAAACGGUGGUCUUGGCAAAUGAAGCUAUGGGGAGGCUGCUGGGCAUGGAGCCACCGAACCAGAAUGUUAAUCGGCUAGCAGGGGCAGCCGUUAAAGAACCGUCGAGCCCAUCUAUUACAGAGCUGUUACAAGGCAAAGAUUUGUCUGAACUUGGAGUCAAUAUUCUGCAACGUGACAGUCCAUUAUGGGUUAGCUGGGAGCUGUUUCUUGAAGCUUUGGCAAAGGACAUGACUGGGGAUGAGGACGGCUUUGCGAACGCCAAUUCCCUAAUAAGUAGGGCGGGAGCUACCUCGCCUGCCUCGGAUGCGCCACCACUUUUGCGAGGACAUCCAGUUCGGGAUGUGGCUUUGGAUGUAUCUUUGAGCAAUCAUGGACACAAAGAAAGUGAUAAUCACCCACGCCCCAUCCAAAUACAAGCAAAGAUGAUCGUCUCUAUCUGGGUUCUUGAUUCUGAGAGAUACUUCACACUUACAUUCACAUCCAUGGCUUCACCACUAUCGCCAACUGCUGUAGAUGGGUCUUUUUUCCCAAAAGUAAGUGCGCCGUGCGUUGACCCAGAGCCAGCCAGACUUGGGUCUGCUUUAUUACCAAUGGGUGCCCCAGCGUCUUCAGACAUAUCGACAUCCCCUUCAGUCCUCGAUAGAAUGAUGCGAAUGAAGGACGCAGUCCUUGAUGCAAUGGAGAUUCCUGUAUUCGGAAUGUGGCAUGAUGGCUCAAUGGGUUUUACAAACCGUGCAGCCCAAGAGAUCUCACUUUCCGAAAGAAAUACGUAUACCUUUCAUCGCGAUGAGCUCACGAGAUGGUACAGGCUAUACUCUGAGGAUUUUGAGCGUGAACUGGAAGUGGAUGAACACCCAUUAAUCAAGCUAGUCAAAACAAAGAAAGCCAUUAGCCCUGGAAGGUUUGGCAUGUACUCAAGAGAGGGUAAAAAAAUGGUCUUUGACGCCCAUGGCGACGGAAUCUAUGAUAACGACACCGGGGAAUUUCUUGGUGGUUUAACCUGGCUGAGAGACGUUACAGAAUACCAGGAGAAGUUAGUGGUGCAGGAAGAAACGAAUGAGCUGCGAUUCAUGACCAUGUGUGAUUGCAUGCCCCAGUUGAUAUGGACCACCAGACCGGAUGGAUAUCACGACUACUACUCAAAAAGAUGGUAUGAUUUUACCGGUCUUACAAAGGAGGAGUCUCUAGGAAUGGUAACGGUCUGGCUGCCACCUCUUCCAUUGAAUAAUAGUGGGCUGACUCUUUCACUUGUCAAGGGCUGGAAAGCACCCUUUCAUCCCGAAGACAUGCCGUUAGUGAUCAAGGAGUGGAUGCGCUGCCUGGAAACAGGGCAAGAUUACACCGUAGAAUACCGCUGUCGACGUCACGACGGAGUGUGGCGAUGGAUGCUCGGCCGAGCACUGCCACUUCGAGACCCCCGUACAGGUGAAAUAAUUAAAUGGUAUGGAACCUGUACGGAUAUUCACGACCUUGUCGAAGCGCGAUCCGAGGCUCGCCGUACUCGCAAGCAGCUACAAGAAGUUCUCCAACAUUCUCAGAUAACAUUAUGGGCAAUUGACUGUAGCAACCACAUCACGUUGCUCGAAGGGUCAAUAAUCUGGGAUCUUCACAACACUGCAGAAUCUUACAUUGGUGUGGAUAUCUAUGAGUUGUUCCAGGAUUGCCCGGAAUUCCUGCACCCUAUCGAGAGCAUCCUCAACGGCAAAGAUAACUUGCUAUAUUCAGAGACCGAACUGAACGACGGACGGUGGUUCAGAACAAAGUAUGUGCCCAUACUAGGCAAGAAGGGUAGCGCCGGACAAUAUGACAAGAAUUACGUAGCAGGUAUCAUUGGGGUAUCUCUAGAUACCACGGAGGUGCAUAAUGCGAGCGCGGAGCUGGAAGCAAGGGAGCGAGAAAAUCGAGUGUUAGCUGCAGCCGAGAGCGCCGCAAAGGAGGCGAGUAAGCUCAAGAGCGAGUUUCUUGCAUCUAUGUCGCAUGAAAUCAGGACGCCAAUUGCUGGUGUUGUCGGGAUGGCAGAAAUCAUUCUGGAUACAAACCUGGAUACGGAGCAACGCGAAUUUGCGGAGAACAUCCAACGGUCAGCCAAUGCGCUGUUGACCGUCAUCAACGACAUUCUUGACAUAUCCAAAGUCGAGUCUGGACGACUCGACAUCGAAGAAGUUCAGUUCAGCUUACCACUCGUGGUCCAGGAUGUGACUAAGAUGUUGAGCUUUGAUGUUGAGAGACGAAAACUAGCUUUUGAAUGCGAUGCUGAUUGGGGUGAGGCUGGGGAGAAUAUGACAGUUAUCGGGGACCCGGGAAGGAUUAGGCAGAUAUUGACCAACUUGCUAACAAACAGUAUAAAGUUCACCCACGAGGGGUUCAUUAAGUUGUAUGUUGAAGUCGUGAAGGAGGAUGAUGAAUCCAUUGUUGUACGAUUUGAAGUCAAGGACUCUGGUAUCGGGAUUGAUGACGAUGUACAACAAAAGCUAUUCCAGCCAUUUACUCAAGCAGAUUCGUCGACGGCGAGGAGAUUUGGCGGAACAGGGUUAGGCUUAACCAUCAGUAAAAAUCUUGUUGAUCUUAUGGGUGGUACUAUUGGCCUUUCCUCUAGCCUUGGCGCUGGUACAACUGCAUACUUCACGAUACCAUUCCAUCGUCCACAGUACCAAAAUGGGUGCUUGCAACCCGCAGAUAUUAGUAGUCUUCCAGACAGGUUGCAAUCGGACGUGUCUGUGUCUUGUCGAUCAUCAGAUUGCGGUAUUUCAACACCGCCCGAGUCUCCUAUAGAUAUUGCUUUAAAAAGGACAAGAUCUUCAAGCCAUUCAACCAAUUUGUUGAAGAGAAUUACGCCAGGGCUAGCGACGGCAGCAGAGAUUGAAAGAAACAUGGAGGAGAGGAAGAGAACCCAUGUGUUGGUCGUCGAAGAUAAUGAUAUCAACCAACAAAUUGCGAUAAGGCUGAUCAAGAAGCUUAAUUUCUCUGUCUCGGCUGUAAGUAAUGGACUAGAGGCCCUUGAGUUCCUCAAGGAGGCUGUACCACCAAGCUCCACAGAGCCCGGAUCACCGUUGAAUAGCGAUGCUUCUUCUUCAUCAUCUUCGACAACAACACGUCCACAACGGCCAGAUAUCAUUCUUAUGGAUGUUCAGAUGCCUGAACUCGAUGGAUACAGUGCCACCCGCAUAAUCCGUUCCGGAAAACUAUACGAGUAUCCAACCGAAGGUAAUAAAGAAAUCUCGCUUUGGAGAAACCCACGAAACCCCAAACCAGCACCGAAACUACCGGACGGACCUAGUCCCUCCUCGGAAUGGUUGUCGGGAGUCCCAAUAGUCGCCAUGACAGCCUCUGCAAUUAGAGGUGACCGUGAAAAAUGUAGAGAUGCUGGAAUGGAUGACUAUCUCGCCAAGCCUGUGAAAUGUACAACACUUGAGAAAAUGCUGCUGAAAUGGUGCCCUGGAAAGCAUGCAUUGCGCAGUAACAGUUACCCGAUCAGUGCGCCGUCAUCGGCGCCGUUUGCUGGUAGUGGUGACCUUUCACUCACGGGUUCUAAGAAAUCGCCAUUUACGAUGGCGGCGAUUGCGCAUGCUACUGGGAUGGACAGCAAUGCACCCUCAGGACCGGGAUCAAUGGCGGUGACGGAGAAGGGAAUUGUGCCGAACCCGGAUAUCAAGAGGGUGGUCGUGGAGCCGCCGUCGCUAUCGACUGUUGUGUCGGUGAAUAGCACGCCGAAAGCAUCUGACCGCCACGGAAGACCAGUGGAGGAUCCGUUCGACUCCAUGUAUGCCUCGGACGAGAACAGUAUGCAUGGAAUCAACAUAUCAGUACUGAAACGACAACUUCAGGAAGAGGUUAUGAAUAGUGCAGCUGGGGGAAAUGGGCGAGAGAGAGAAAAUUUGAAAGAAAUCAGCCACGGGAAAACAACACGGGGAAGAACGACAGAGUCAAUGCCGCGGAUAAUGCAUGCUGCUUCAGCCCCCAUGUAA